CAUCCCUGUCUUUGCCCAUCAGCAGAGCCAUUUUGGCUUUGGAACGGAGGAGGACGUCAGCAUCCAGCCCCUGGACAAAGUAAGCAAACCCUUUACAGUAGGCCUUGGGUGUUUUUCCGCCUGAUGUCCACCUGCUUGACUUUGUGGGACGAGGGAGCAACAUCACUGCGGAAAACAGCUAUUGACGAGACAAAAGCUGCACUUGGUUCAGAGUAAAUAAGCCGGCAAAAAACAAGAAAGCAGAAGGAGACAGAAAGCAGCACGAGCUGUUCGCCAGGCUCUUGAACCCUCAGCCACCUCGGAGCACUCAGCCCGUGGCACCAUGGCAGGUGCCUCAGUGAAGGUGGCGGUGCGAGUCCGCCCCUUCAAUUCUCGGGAGAUUGGGAAAGAGAGCAAGUGUAUCAUCCAGAUGUCUGGGAACACCACCACAAUUAUCAAUCCCAAGGUCCCUAAGGAUAACAAAAGCUUCAGCUUUGAUUACUCCUACUGGUCUCACACUUCACCAGAGGAUAUUAACUAUGCAUCUCAACAACAAGUGUACAAAGAUAUUGGAGAGGAGAUGCUACUACAUGCUUUUGAAGGCUACAACGUCUGCAUCUUCGCCUAUGGGCAGACAGGGGCUGGCAAGUCCUACACCAUGAUGGGCAGGCAGGAGAAAGAUCAGCAAGGCAUCAUUCCACAGCUGUGUGAAGACCUUUUCACCAAGAUCAAUGACAGCAGUAAUGACAACAGCAUGUCUUAUUCAGUGGAGGUGAGCUACAUGGAAAUCUACUGCGAACGAGUACGAGAUCUGCUCAACCCCAAGAAUAAGGGAAACCUGCGUGUCAGAGAACAUCCCCUGAUGGGUCCCUACGUGGAGGACCUGUCCAAAUUGGCGGUCACCUCCUACAAUGAUAUUCAGGACCUUAUGGACUCUGGGAACAAAGCCAGGACUGUAGCGGCUACCAACAUGAAUGAAACAAGCAGUCGAUCCCACGCUGUCUUCAACAUCAUCUUCACUCAGAAGCGCUACGAUGCAGAGACUGACAACACGUCCGAGAAAGUCAGCAAAAUCAGCUUGGUGGAUCUGGCUGGGAGUGAGAGGGCUGAUUCCACGGGAGCCAAAGGCACCAGACUGAAGGAAGGAGCAAACAUAAAUAAAUCCCUGACGACACUGGGGAAAGUUAUCUCUGCUUUAGCUGAAGUGGAUUCUGGACCAAACAAGAACAAGAAGAAGAAGAAGGUGGAGAGUUUUAUUCCAUACAGAGACUCUGUACUAACGUGGCUGCUAAGGGAGAACUUGGGGGGAAACUCUCGCACUGCUAUGGUAGCGGCUCUUAGCCCAGCAGACAUCAACUACGAUGAGACUCUGAGCACUCUAAGGUAUGCAGACCGUGCAAAACAGAUACGCUGCAAUGCCGUCAUCAAUGAAGACCCUAACAACCGCUUGGUGCGCGAGCUCAAGGAGGAGGUGGCGCGACUGAAGGACCUUCUGUAUGCUCAAGGCCUAGGAGACAUCAUUGAGACAUAUCGGGGUCCUGGCACCGAGAUUGCUGGUUUGAAAUACUUAUCCGAUUACAAGAACAAUAACAGUAAUGGCCAAGCUGUCAAUCAAAGGGGUGAUCUCUCCACAGUGACCAAUGCCAUGACAGGGAUGAGCCCCUCCCCCUCUCUGUCCGCACUGUCCAGCCGAGUCGGAUCCAUUAACAGUCUUCACGAUCGCAUCAUUUUUAGCCCCGGCAGUGAGGAGGCAAUUGAAAGGCUUAAGGAAACAGAGAAAAUUAUUGCUGAGCUCAAUGAAACUUGGGAAGAGAAACUUCGGCGCACAGAAGCCAUUAGAAUGGAAAGAGAGGCCCUGCUGGCAGAGAUGGGUGUUGCCAUGAGAGAAGAUGGAGGCACUGUGGGGGUCUUCUCACCAAAAAAAACUCCUCACCUGGUUAAUCUCAAUGAAGAUCCGCUGAUGUCAGAGUGCCUGCUUUAUUAUAUCAAGGAUGGAAUCACAAGGGUUGGACGUGAAGAUGCAAGCAGGCGACAGGACAUUGUGUUGAGUGGACAUUUUAUCAAAGAUGAGCACUGCACUUUCACCAGCACAACUGGCCCACUUGGAGAGGCUGUCGUCUUGGAACCCUGUGAGGGCGCUGAGACGUAUGUCAAUGGCAAGAGGGUUACAGAGCCCACCAUCCUAAGAUCAGGAAACCGCAUCAUCAUGGGGAAGAGCCAUGUGUUCCGAUUCAACCAUCCUGAGCAAGCACGGCAGGAGCGGGAGCGCACACCUUGCGCAGAGACCCCAGUUGAGCCAGUGGACUGGGCCUUUGCACAGAGGGAGCUGUUGGAAAAACAGGGCAUCGACAUGAAGCAGGAGAUGGAGCAGAGGCUACAGGAGCUUGAAGACCAGUAUCGUAAGGAAAGAGAAGAAGCCAGUAACCUCCUUGAACAGCAGAGACUGGAUUAUGAGAGUAAGCUAGAAGCCCUUCAGAAGCAAGUAGACCGUUACUACCCAGAAGUCACAGAAGAAGACGAAGAACCAGAGGAGGAAGUACAAUGGACAGACCAAGAAAUGGACCUGGCGCUCUGGGCGUUCCGCAAGUGGAAGUGCUACCAAUUUACUUCUUUGAGGGACCUGCUGUGGGGGAAUGCCAUUUUCCUGAAGGAGGCCAAUGCUAUCAGUGUAGAACUCAAGAAGAAGGUUCAGUUCCAGUUUGUGCUGCUGACGGACACUCUGUACUCCCCAUUGCCACCUGACCUCCUGCCUCCUGAUGCAGCCAAAGACCGUGAGAAACGACCUUUCCCUCGUACUAUUGUAGCUGUGGAAGUGCAGGAUCAAAAGAAUGGGGCUACUCACUACUGGACCCUGGAGAAGCUCAGACAGAGGCUGGAGCUGAUGCGGGAGAUGUACGAUCGUGCCGCUGAAGUGCCCAGCACUGCUGUUGAGGACUGUGACAGUGUGAUGACAGGCGGAGACCCAUUCUAUGACCGUUUUCCUUGGUUCCGCCUGGUUGGCAGGGCUUUUGUCUAUCUCAGCAACCUACUUUAUCCAGUUCCGCUGGUACACCGGGUUGCCAUUGUCAGUGAAAAGGGAGAGGUCAAGGGCUUUCUCAGAGUCGCUGUCCAAGCUAUUUCAGCUGAUGAAGAGGCACCUGAUUAUGGCUCUGGAGUGCGGCAGUCAGGAACUGCUAAGAUUUCAUUUGAAGACCAGCAGUUUGAAAAGUUCCAGACAGAGUCCUACCCUGCAGCUAUGUCUCGUUCUGGGACAUCACAGGAAGAACUGCGUAUUGUUGAAGGAGAGGGGCAAGCCUCUGAGAUAAGCCCUUCUGCCGAUGAGGUCAACAACAAUACAUGUUCAGCCAGCGCAGAAGAACUGGACAGCACAAUGAAGGGAAAUCUUGAGGGAUCCUUGGAUGGAUCCCUGGAGCACCUCAGGAUUGGCAGUAUUUUUACUUUCAGAGUGACAGUCCUGCAGGCUUCAAGCAUCUCUGCAGAGUAUGCUGAUAUUUUCUGUCAGUUCAAUUUCAUCCAUCGGCAUGAUGAAGCCUUCUCCACUGAGCCACUAAAGAACACUGGUCGGGGGCCACCACUGGGCUUCUAUCACGUUCAAAAUAUUGCAGUAGAGGUGACAAAAUCGUUUGUGGAGUACAUAAAGACACAGCCCAUUGUUUUUGAGGUGUUUGGACACUACCAGAAACAGCCAUUCCCACCCCUCUGCAAGGACCUCAUCAGCCCAUUACGUCCCUGUAGAAGGCAGUUCCCUCGAGUUAUGCCCUUAUCCAAACCAGUACCAGCUACCAAGUUGAACACCCUAAGUCGCCCCACUGCUGGACCACGUCACUGCAAGUACGAUCUGAUGGUCUUCUUUGAGAUCUGUGAGCUGGAGGCCAAUGGAGAUUACAUCCCUGCAGUGGUUGACCACAGAGGAGGCAUGCCGUGCCAUGGAACUUUCCUUCUACAUCAGGGCCUCCAAAGGAGAAUCACAGUGACCAUAGUACACGAGACAGGGAAUGACAUUGAGUGGAAAGAAGUCAGGGAACUGGUUGUAGGACGCAUCCGCAACACCCCUGAGGCUGACGAGACCAUCAUUGACCCCAACAUUCUCUCCCUCAAUAUCCUGUUUGCAGGGUACAUCCGUCCUAUGCAGGAUGACAGACAGUUUCUUGAUUCGGAUAUGCCUAGGACUUUUUUCCGCUUCGAAGCAGCUUGGGAUAGUUCCAUGCACAACUCCUUGCUGUUGAACCGUGUGACUCCUUAUGGGGAGAAAAUCUACAUGACUCUUUCUGCUUACUUGGAGAUGGAGAACUGCACUCAGCCAGCUGUGGUAACGAAAGACUUCUGCAUGGUGUUCUACUCUCGGGACACCAAACUUCCUGCCUCCCGCUCGAUCCGCAAUCUUUUCGGCAGUGGUAGCCUGAAGGCAUCUGAGAGUAACCGUGUCACCGGUGUGUACGAAGUCAGCCUCUGUCACCUAGCAGAUGCCGGAAGUCCAGGCAUGCAAAGGAGACGCAGGAGGGUCCUGGACACCUCAGUUGCAUAUGUCCGUGGGGAGGAGAACUUGGCAGGCUGGAGGCCCCGCAGUGACAGCCUUAUCUUGGAUCACCAGUGGGAGCUGGACAAACUCAGCCUGCUCCAAGAGGUGGAGAAGACUCGGCACUACCUGCUUCUAAGGGAGAAGCUGGAGGCUACUUUGCUGUUGGGCCAAGAAUCAGGGUCAUCCUGCGGCAACGACGACCUGAGUGAUUCAUCCCAAUCCUCAUCUGGCGGUGCAGCUUUGGGGCCCAGCAUUGCUCCAGAAAACCCCAGUGAGCGGCAGAGGGAGCUGGCUGCCAAGUGUCUGCGGCUUCUCACUCACACUUUCAACAGGGAAUACAGCCAUGUCUGCAUCAGUGCCAGUGAAAGCAAGCUGUCGGAGAUGUCAGUGACAAUGUUGAGAGAUUCUACCUCAGCAUCUACUCUGAGCACCCUGACACCUUCCUCCACAUGCCCCUCACUAGUGGAAGGACGCUACAGCAGCACUGAGCUCAGAACUCCAACACCAUGCUCCCGUUCCAUCAGUCCAGAUCCUGACUCGCUGCAGGACAGAGUGAUAAAGAAGUCUCCAAGUGGAAGCCUAGAGCCCAAGACAAAAAUGCAAACUUUCGUUCCAGAAAUUCAGGAAAUACGGGUUAGCCCCAUUGUGUCUAAGAAGGGAUACUUGCACUUCCUUGAGCCACAUACCAAUGGCUGGGUAAAGCGGUAUGUGGUGGUCCGUAGACCUUACGUCUAUAUCUACAACACCGAGAAGGACAGUGUGGAGAGAGCAAUCCUAAACCUAUCAUCUGCACAGGUUGAAUACAGUGAGGAUCAGCAAGCUAUGCUCAAGACCCCUAACACAUUUGCGGUUUGUACUGAGCAUCGCGGAAUACUGCUCCAGGCCAGUAAUGACAAAGAGAUGCAUGACUGGCUAUAUGCCUUCAACCCGCUCCUUGCUGGAUCUAUUAGAUCAAAGCUAUCCAGGAGAAGAGCUGGUCAGAUGAGGAUCUGAAAAUGAUAUAAUUCCCGGAGCAACUCUUGUGAAUUACAGUAACACUUACUUAAAAAACAAAGACUAACCUUGUACAUAGAUCACUUGAUCCAGGAUCCUGAUGCUGUGUUGAUCCUGCAAACCCUUCCACUCUGCAGUAACUUGCUUCUUCUGCACAUGUUUUGUUUAUCAUUACGAAACCAAAACUGAAUGCGAGGCACGGUGUCCUUAAUAUUUGCUGUGUCUCAGAAUUUGUAAGUCACUGAGGUGUGUUGCUGUCUAAAAAGGCUGCACUUUACGGGAAAAAUCAGCAGCAGUAAAGUGAAGAGACAUGGUUUUCACCUGUUUCCUUUCAGAGUAAUUACUUUAACCAACUUCAGCAGUGUCAUGGACUGCCCUUUCAGGUCCGGUACAGGAUGAAUUUCAGUCUUUUGCACAUCAUUGUACAAAGCAGCCCAGUAACACUGUAAUUCAUAUUGUAAAUGAUGGUUGUGUUUCUCAAAAGUAUGGAAAACACAGAAAAUGAAUACAAGGAAAAAUAGCUCACUCUGCAUAUAAAACAGUCCAUAGGAUACUUGGCAGCACAGGCAUCAGUAUUUCCAUUCAGAAUAAUUAAGUAUUUAUAUAUGCAUAGAAAAAACAUUCAUGGAUACAACUGAUAAAAUAGGUGCAUUACAACUGACAAAGUCUUUGCACAGCAGUUUAAAUUUUUUAUCAUUUUUAUCAUAUCUUAACUUUUUGGACAGUGAAACAUUCUAAAAUUGAUUUAAUCUCCUGUGUCCUUCCGUGGAGAAAUUCUUGUUUUGUUUUUGUGCUCCAAGAUUUCAACACACUUUGGCAACAGUUAAGACUUUUGGCUUCGAAAAAUAUUAAUCCCCAGUUGCUCCCAUAUUCACAUUUUACAUAUCUGAAAUAUUUUACUUCUUGGUAACAUUCCAGGUUGUUUCUCUCAAAAGGCAAAAGAAUUGACUGUUGAUCUUUGGAGUUGAAAUACUUCAGAUAUUUAUUAAUGUGGUCCACUUGAUUUUGCUUUUACUUUUAAAUGAAGCACAUUUAAGUAUUUAUUUAGUCACAUAUUUAUAAUUUUAUUUAGAAUACUUUUAUAUUUUUAUGAAGUAUAGAACAUUUUCUGCAUAUGGCACUUUGUAACAUUUCCCAUGAAGUCUUAAUUACUGACAAGGCUGCAUAACCAAAAAAUAGCUGACAAAAUGUUGAGUUAAUUCAGGGAUUUUAGCUGCUAUUUUGAAUACUUGAAUUAACAUUAAAUGCAGUUUUUUUACAUGUCUCCCAUGCUAUUAAUAUCAGUUGUUAACCGUAACAAUGAUUCUGCAGCUAGAGAUAAAAAAAAAAAAUACAUUACUCAGACCACUUCAAAUUUUAAUUUGGAUUUGAAGACUUUUUGAUUCAGAAAUCAUACAUUUCUGUCUUAGAAUAAUUCAUUUAGAGUAAUUAAUCUAUUUUCAGUAUAUAAACAUUAGAUACUGUGCGGGAUGAAAGUGUCUGUGUAUACAUAACGUGGCAUUAUGCCCCCCAUUGUGCCCAUUGCACAUAUAGUAAUUUACAUGAAAUG